AUGCUGGAGCACUUGUCCUUUUCGAUCAUCUAUGGUCCCAAAGGUUCUAAAACCUUGGACCUCACCUGCAAAGACGAGUUCGAGUUCGACCACUGGGUCACAGGGCUCAAGGCCAUCUUCUACUCCUCCAAGAACAAGCAGAUCUCCAAGGAGGCGCUCUUGGCGCAUUCCAAGCGCUUUCAGAAAGCCAUGGAAAAGAACAACGUUGGAAUCAAAUUGACCAAGUUGCCCGAAGUCAAGGAGAAGGGCCAUGUUGGCCUUGAUGAUUGCAUUGAGAUCGUCACUCACACACCGCAGCAGUUGGACACGAAGAUGGAACGUCUCAGGGAACGGCUCAAGACGAUGAGUCAACAGGUUUCCCGAUUGGAUCAUCAUUCGGCAGCAGAGAUGGAGGUGGACUUGUCGCUGCUGACAGGUCAGGGUCCGGCCUAUGCGAGUGUCUUCGUACAGGAUGAGGAUGCUCAGGAUGAAGAGAUGGAAAUUCGACGAAUGCAUGAAUUGGUUGAGCAGACCACCCAGGUGCUACAGCAGGCGCGAAAUGAGCUCAUCGCUCUGAACCAGCGCCAGCGCUCCGAAUCCUCCGCCAGCAACACGGCCAAAGCCAAGAAGAAAGAGACCGCCGCCUGCAAGCACAUCGACCAGCUCCUGUGGAAAGCGGAAGUGGACCUGGAGAAUGUUGAAGACAUGUAUUUGCGGCACAUUGACAACCAGAAGGAGACCUACUCCUUAGGUGCCAACUCCGUUGACUUGCUAGCUUCGUAGAAGUAAACCUGGGAGGAAUUGGGGAUCUGAAUAGAAUGUAUUUGAUACCCAAGGGCAUUUUGGUGGGUCAUUGGUCCACGCCUAGUUUACUCGUCCAAUUUCCAGAAAACGAUCCUGGCUCUGUGCAGAUCGGCUUGGGGGUCAUCUGCAUGUAACACUUUUGACUGAAGCUUUUCUGCCACGGAUGUUUUUGUUUUUUCUACGGCACGAAAGCCAACCUUGUCGGCCCUCUUCUGGAUGUGCAAACUGUCACCGAUAACAUGUCAUGUCUGGAUGUGCUGCUCAGCCAGCUUCAAAAUAGGCUCUGUUGCUUCUUAGCGAGAGCUCCGUGACCGUGGAUGCAUUUCCACUGCAAAUUGGGGAAUUUUCUAGUGUACAAGUGGCAAAUCAGGGUACAUGAAAAUAUGGAUGAAUGGUUGUUCCCUUGACCCGUUGAUUUCCUUCGAACCAGCGCAAUUUUC